ACUCCGCGCCCGCCGCUGCCACGAAGUCGUUAUGCGCAGGCGCGUCGCGGGCUACAGAAGCGCUUCCGGGGGCAAACGGCGGGGUCGGAGGAGAGGGGCGAGGGCUUCCAGUGUGCGCAUGCGUGCUUCGCCAGGCGAGGCGGACCUGAAGCUCGAGAGGGCGAGGAAAGGGGGCGGGGCUGGGAAUAAGGGCCGGAACUCGGAAGUGCGCGUGCGCACCAGGCUCUCCACGCCUAGCGGGCGCGGGCCCGGUUUCCGCGGGAGGGCGGGCGUGGGCUCGUCGGUAGAGGGCGCCACGGUCGUGAGGCUGCCUUACUGGGUUCCCACCUCGGAUCCAGCUCGCUGCGUGGUUUUUUAUAACGGCCGUCCGUGUCGGCCGGUAUCGCGUGCACCCCCACGCGGGCCUGGCUUAGCGCCGCGCGCCGGCCGACAGCACAAUGCGUGUCUCGGGGCCGCGCAAGCGCAGUGGCCGCGACGGCGCUUCCGGGACGGCCCUGUAGGACUUUUUUGGCGCGAGAGGGGAAGAGGGGACGGCGGCCGGGUGGGCGCGGCCCGCGCUCCGCGUUUUGGGUCCUGGCAGCGCCAUGCGCUACAACGAGAAGGAGCUGCAGGCGCUGUCCCGGCAGCCGGCCGAACUGGCGGCCGAGCUGGGCAUGCGAGGCCCCAAGAAAGGCAGCGUGCUGAAGCGGCGGCUGGUGAAGCUGGUGGUCAACUUCCUCUUCUACUUCCGGACGGACGAGGCCGAGGCUUCAUGGAGGACCCGGAGAGGAAGUACCACUUUGAGUGCUGCAGCGAGGAGCAGUGUCAGGAGUGGAUGGGGGCUCUGCGUCGAGCCAGCUACGAGUUCAUGCGGAGAAGCCUCAUAUUCUACAGGAAUGAGAUCCAGAAGAUGACUGGCAAGGACCCCCUGGAGCAGUUCGGCAUAUCUGAGGAGGCCAGGUUCCAGCUGGGUGGCUUGAAGGCCUGAGUUGGGUGGGGCUCGCCACCUUUUCUACCGGGACUGGAACAAGCACUCACUCCCUGUUCUCUCCAGGCCCUGGGUGUCCUGGUCAGGCCUGGAUUUGCUGCAGCAGGUGCUUGGCUUCAAAAGCCCACGAUGGUGGCGGGGGGCGGGGGCAGGUUGGACAGACAACCCAGUAAGCCCCCCCUAUGCUCGUGCCUCGGGGACCCCCCUAGACUGGUCUGGUACCUGUUGGUGCCACAUGCUGCUACCGGGGGACAAGUGUCCACUCCUAGAAGCUGCGCCCAGCCCCUUGGGCAUGUCCAUCUGGGGCCUGGCGGCACCUGAGGCUGGCACAGGUCUCCUGCUCUGUGCAGGCUGAAUGUACAAGGCCAGACGAUGCUGUGAAGGGCGUGGGGGCCACGCCUCCUGGAGCCACUGUGAAUUUUCCUCCUGCUGAUGGGGCAGCCCCUGGCCAGCCGCCUCUAGGCGGACCUGGAAGCAUUUGCUCUCAGGCCAGCGAGCUUGUUCUGUUCAAAUAAAGGUACCUCUUUUUCAUGUGG